CCAAACGAAUCUAAAUACGAAAUACUGCCACUGUUCGUUCAUCUGUUGAUGGAGAAGCUAAAAUCGCUGAUUCCUGAGGAUCUUCGGGAGACUGUGAGAAGGAGCACCGCCAAUGAUCUUCACUCGUCAUCUUCAUCCCUUCUCCGGCUGUUUCUGGGUCUUCCUCAGUUUCAUCAUGCGGUGAAUGAUUUGGCGGAUUCUGAUUCAGGUUGCUGCGGGAAGGACAAAGACGCAGCUCUUGACUUGAAACGCCGUGGAAAUCACUGCUUCCGCAGCCGGAAGUUCCACGAGGCGUUGCUGUUCUACUCUAAGGCUUUGCGCCUUGCUCCUCCCGACGCCAUUGAUGGUCACAGGAAUCUGCUUGCUUCUCUCUUCCUCAACAGGGCUAACGUCCUCCAUAAUCUGGAUCUUCUUGCUGAAAGCUUACGGGACUGCCAUCGCGCUCUUCGGAUUGAUCCUUUUUACGCGAAGGCGUGGUAUAGGAGAGGCAAACUUAACACAGUUCUUGGAAAUUAUGAGGAAGCAUUUCGUGACUUCACAGUUUCGUUAUCUCUCGAAUCAUCAGUGGAUGGCAAGAAGCAGCUACAAGAUGAAUGUAAGAUCAUUUCAGACCAACGGAACAAGCAAGCGUCAGGACACACUGCAUAUCGUGUAAGCGACUCUGCAAGUUCAGAUUAUCUGCUAAGUGUACCAAGCGAGAUAAAGCUGCGUUGUGUGUCGACAGAAGAGAAAGGAAGGGGUAUGGUCUCAGAAUGUGAUAUUCAACAAUCUACUGUGGUACAUGUCGAAGAACCUUAUAGCGUGGUCAUUUUGAAAAGUUGUCGCGAAACACAUUGCCACUUUUGCCUGAAUGAGUUACCUGCCGAUUCAGUUCCCUGUUCAUCAUGCUCGGUAACUGUUUACUGCUCAGAGCUCUGCCAAUUUCAAUCAGGGGGAAUGGUAUCCAGAGAUGAUAUGGACGGACAUCACGUUUGUCAGAGCCUUCCGGAUGAUCUUUCAGACCAUAUUAAGGGCGUUACUUCAGUUAAUAAUUUAUUUUCUGGGACCGAAUGCAUUCGAGAACAUCAACAUGAAUGUCUGGGAGCCAAUUGGCCUGCAGUACUUCCCUCUGAUGUUGUUUUGGCUGGACGAAUUCUGGUUAAGUUAAUAAAUCAAGGAAAAUUGGCUAUGGAUCUUUCCAACCUUCAAGAGAAUCUGGAUCUUUCACAUAGCUACUCUGAGAUGGAUCCAGAGAGCAAAAUCAACUUCCAUAUAUUUUCCACAGUGUUGUUAUUUUGUCUUAACAAGUCUUUCUGCUCAGAUCUUUCUAUCAAUGGAAUUUCUGUGACUCAGACAAUCAUACUGUUGUCGCAAAUCAAGGUGAACUCCAUAGCAGUAGUCUGCAUGAGAUCUGCUGGUCUUUCUUUUAAAUCCAACCCCUCUGAAAAUAUCCCAGGAAAAGGGCAGAUUCAAAGUUUAGAGCAGAUCAGAGUUGGUCAGGCUCUUUAUAAAACCGGCAGUUUGUUUAAUCAUUCCUGCAAGCCAAACAUCCACGCAUAUUUCCUUUCACGUAGACUUAUACUUCGAACAACAGAGUUUGUUCCAACGGGUUGUCCCCUGGAGCUGUCAUACGGUCCUGAGGUUGGAAUGUGGGACUGCAAAGAUCGCAUUAAAUUUCUUCAAGAUGAGUACUUUUUCCGGUGUCAAUGCCGUGGUUGUUCUUGGAUUAACAUAUCUGAUAUUGUCAUCAAUGGGUACCGCUGUAAAGAUCCCAACUGUACUGGCGUAGUUCUGGAUAGUUAUGUCCCAGGUUGUGAAGCUAAGGAGCUAAAGCAUUUCUCGUCUGCUUCAGAUAUUCAGGCGAGUGAGAUGACAAACACUGAUUUUGGUGAAGUGGCUUCCCUUUUGGUCUCUAAAACUAGAAGUUCCCUUCAGAUAGAACCCGGGAUUUGUCUGAAAUGUGGUUUCCGCUGUGACCUAGAAACCUCUCGCAUGGAAGUGAAAAGAGCUUGGAGUUACAUGAGAAGGCUUGAAGAGUUAACAGAUGCAGAAGGAGCCAAUGUUUCUGCACUCUCAGAUUACUUGAGGUCUCUCAAAGUGCUUAGAUCUUUCUUGCAUAUGUAUAACAAAGGCAUUGCUGAAGCAGAGGACAAGGUUGCACAGGCGUGCUAUUUGGCUGGAGAUCUGGAAGGUGCAAGGAAGCACUGUGAAGCUUCCAUUAAGAUACUGGAGAGGCUGUACGAGGAGGAUGAUCACAUCGUGAUCGGGAACGAACUGGUGAAGCUGUCGUCGAUUCAGGUUGCAUUGGGUGAUUCGAGUGGAGCAAGUGAGAGCAGAGAGAGGGUGUGUCGGAUAUUUGGAAAGUAUUAUGGGUCACAUUCUCAUAUUCUCUUCUCUUAUCUGAAGCAGGAAGCUCCCAAAGCUGUGGUCUAAAAAAUCUUGUCAUCCUGUUGGUUUUGUUGUUGCUGCGCCGUUAAACCUUUCUCUUGUGUCUUUCUUGUUCAAAUUCCGAAUGGAUUAUGGAACGGGAAACAGUGAAAUCAGCUCUUUUUUUACUUUUAACAAAUGUUAUUAUACAUUUUUUAUUUUCUGUAUUUUAUUCCUCAUUUUUUUA